UAAACGCCAGUUCUGCUUUUCUACCAGCUGAUGGCGGUGUCGCACCGUUUUGUUCCGUAUCACACCCAUAACCCACAGAAACAAGGAAGAAGACCAACAACAACGGAGGUAUCCAAAGUGGGGCUUUGUUAAAUUCUUGUGUAAAAUCUGAACAGCUGAUUGCUUUUCCUCAACCCUGUGAUUUGUUUAGCUUUUAGAUCGCGUUAGCUUCAUUGCUAGCAUCAACGGUUGAAAGUAACUGCAACGACAAAAAAAAAAAAAAAGAGAGAGAGAAAAAAACAACAACCGUAUUUGCUCGUGUGUGUGUUUUUUAAAGACCUUUUGUCUUUCGAGGUGGAUUGCUUGAACACAUGAAAGUAGCAAUGGAGGUGGAUAAGCUCAAGACGAAAACAAAGAAGCUUUCAAGGUCGAGGAGGAGGAGGAAACAAAACAAGAGAAAAACGAAUCCUGACAAAGAAAGAGAAAAUAAGCCUGAUUCUCCAUGGGACUCCGUUCCCUCCACACACGAGACACCCAGCAAGGCAACAAAGUUUGAAAAUGGCUGCGACUCCCUCACUCUUAUAAAAGACGCAGUUGUAGUUUUGACUAAACUGCCCGAAUAUAAAAUUGGCGCGUUGAGACCCCCGACGCCUCCGCAGUUCUACAGCGAAGACGAAUCCUUCAGCAGCUCGGAUUCAGACACGCAGUGGGAAUCAGAGGAGGAUUCCAGCGAUUCAGAUUUCUGGGUCAUAAACAGCAAACUCAAAUAUUCAAAUUCCUCCAAUUGUGACCUGAUAAGGAUGCCUACAACCAGUCACAACUGUAACGGUAUCUCCCUUUGCUCACGUGACAAGAUCCGCCCCGACUUACCCGAAGAAGAAAUUAAUGUUGACAUGAUGGUUAUUGCUCGUAGAAGACCUAUGAGGUGGCAGCGUGGUAAAAUAGUCGAAAUAAUUACAAAAGAUGAUGGGCGGUUGAAGUACAAAGUCAGCUUUGAAGAUAAAGGGACGUGCCUCGUAUCCGGACACCACAUUGCUUUUGACAGCAGGCCCAAGGUGGAGCAGCUGUACAUCGGCGCCCGAGUGGUGGUCCGCUGUCAAAAUAAUAAGUACCGGUUCCGACCCGGAAUACUGGCUGAGCUACCCAGCAGGAAGAAUCAGUUCAGGUUUCUGAUGUUCAUGGAUGACCAUACACCAGUUUAUGUCGGGCUUCCUUUGUUUCACAUGGUGUGCAGACCUUUGGAAGAUGUUUUGGACGACGUUCCCGACGGAGCGCACAAAUGUUUUAUGAGACAGUACCUUAAGGACUGGCCGUACCCUCACUUAAACAAGUACAGAGCUGGACAGAGCUUUAAUGUGGAGCUUAAUGGAGUCAUGCAGAUGUGUGAGGUUGUUGUAAUCGACUGCAGCUUAAUGCAAGUUGUUUUUCAGGAAAAUCAGCGAAGGGAGUGGAUCUUCAGAGGCUCUGUGCGACUGGAACACAUUGCCAGACUGUGGGAAGAGAGGAACAAGCUAGAGUCCAAGGAUGACUCUGACUCUGAUUAAUUCAUAGAUGCAGGUAUAUGUAAAAUAGAUGUAGAAAUGAUAAAUACAAAUUCCUAAGAGGGAUGCGUCCUUUUUGUUUGUUUUGUUUUUGUAACAUUUCAGCCUAAAUCAAAUUUAUUAAAAGACUGAAAAGAGACUACCCAAGCAAACCCUUCCCCUGUUCUUCAUGACGAUAAAUGAAUUUAAUUUCCACUGCUCCCUAAUUCUACAAAUGUACUUAUAUUAAUUAAACUGAAAUGCAAAACACUCCCAUAGAUUCCAGAGUAUGUUUUCGGAGCUGAAACCAGGUACCUGGAACUUUUAAAGGAAUGUUUGAUGAUAUGAUCAUCUAGAGAUCUCAUCUGGACACUAUUCAUGGCAGCAUGAAUUUAAAAUGUAACGUAAAUAUUUCCAAAAACAGCUGAAUUUGUUCCGUGAGCGAGUGACAAGCCCUUUGGCCCUUCAGAAAGCUGAAUGGCAGUGUGCAGCAAUGUGUGGAAGCUCUGCAUUACUCUGCUUGAUGAAGUUGAAAAAUCUUUGCUAACAUUUUUUUGUUUGUUUUUCAUUUUUAAACAUUAUUGUACCUUCAUACUGAAAACCAGGCAUUGCCUACUGUUGUGAUGCAAAUCUGCCAGCUAGCUAACAAGUUUUAUUUUUAAUUUUUGAUUUGAUACUUAAUGUAGAAACCAGUUUCACUCAAUCUUCUCUUCAACAGCUCAUGAAAUCUUUUUUUUUUUCCUGUGGUGUAACAAUAUGCAUAAUUUCAGACUGCUUUGCUUCCCGUUUACUCUGUUGAUGUCAUUACACUCUGACCUUUUUCCUUGUGAUGUUUGAGUCUUAGUUUCUCCAAAAGCUGGAGGAUUUUUUUCAUGUUAACCAAUCAUUUUAUUAUCCAACUAUUAAUCAAGAGGUCUCAAUUCAAUAUAUUAAGCUUUCCUUAUUCUAGCAUUUCAAAUAUGUUUUUGAAAUAUGAAAGAUAUAUCCUUAAAUCUAUCACAAAUCAUUCUAGGUAUAUCUUGUGUGGUCACAAACAGAAUUGCAGUGCUACACUAUGUUGUCAAAUGUUUUGCUCAUUUGAUUUUAAACCUUUAUGAUCUUGAGUGACAUCUUAUUCUUAAUCCGUGCAGUUUAGGAUGUUGGCACCUACAAUAACUCUUCUGGGAAGUCUUUCCACAAAGAUUAAGAGCAUGUUUAUGGGAAUGUUUAACCAUUUGUGAGGUCAAACACUGAUGUUGGGCAAGAAGGUCCAACUUCUAUGCUCUAAUUCAUCCCAAAGGUGUCAAAUAAGAUGAGGCCACCUCUAAACCGUUUCCAGAAAGUUGGGGUUAUGAAAUUGUCCAAAAUGUGUUUAUAUCCCUCUGCUUUAUUAAAAACCCACAAAAUUUUGCACUAGAUACAUUGCAAUCAAUACAUUGGAUUGCCACAUAAAGAGUCAUGGUUCUUCACUCAGAACAGGUCUCUGUUGAUUUAGAGUGCUGUCAUGCUUUAGACCACCACACCCAACUUGGUAACGUAAGGCUUGCAUCCAGUUGUUUGCAAUUGAAACCCGUUUUAUGAAGUUAUCUACUGUUCUUGAGCUACUCUGAAGGCCAAAUGAAGUUUGUAGUUCUGUAGAGUUUCACUAGUUGCUAUUACUACAUAAAUGGUGAGAAAAAAACAAAAAAGAUUUGAGACAUGCUUCUAAUAUCCCCCAUCAGAAUAAAAAAAACAAACUCAUGCAUUAACUUUUAACACAGAUUAUUUUGUACAUGUUCGAUUUCCUUCAGGUUUUGUUGUAGAUUUAUUUAUUUUCUUUACUAUUUAAGAUAAAGAACCUGGCCAAAAAAGGUAAUCACCAAUUAAAAGGUCACACACUUUAGUGUUUUGUUGGUCUGCCUUAACUUUGAUUUUUGCUCUUGCAUUGUUUCGAUACGCUACUGCAGGGUCACAAGAUUUAUUUCCAUCCAGUGUCGUAUUCAUUUUUCGCCAAUAUCUUGUACUGAUGAUGGAGAGAGUCCAACCAUUGGAAAAAAAAUACCUUCUCCAAAAAAACUCGCUAUGAGAAUAAUGUCCAAUGCUCCCUGAACUACUCUUUCACAAUUUCAGCUUGAUGAAUCUUGGCCUUGUCAUCUUAUAAUAUCCCCGUGUCAUCAGAGAAGAGACAAUAUGUUGGUGGAAUAAUCUGGUCAGUCAGUAUAUUCAGGUAAUUUGCUGACCUCAUAAUUUUACUCAACUUUGACCUGACCCCUUGCAGCCACUCCAGAUUAUAGCAUUGCCCCACAUCUUGUACAGUAUACACUAGGCACGAUGGCUGCAUUACUUCACCUGCCUCUCUUCUUGCCCUGAUGUGCCCAUAACUCUAGAAGAGGAUAAAUCUGAACUCAUCAGAUUAUAUGACUUUCUUCCAGAGUCUAGUCUUUUUGCUCUAUUGCAAAUUGAAGCCUUUCUCUUCAAUUUUUCUGACUGAUUAUUGAUUUUCUUAUGGUUGUACAGCUGUUCAGUCCCAAUCCCUUGACUUUUUGCAUGGGAAAAUAUGCUUACUUUCACUAUGAGCCAUAGCCCUUAGUUACACUGUUUUUUUUCUUCUUUGGUUUGAUUUCAGUGAUGUUUAAGAGAUAACCCCCAUCAUAAUCAUUCAUGACAUUUCUUCUUAAAGACGAUGCUUCCUCACUCUCCCUCCAAUAAGUUCUUGACCCAGUUUCAGUAGUUUCUGUAAUGUUGAAACUUGAUUCAAAUGAUUUGACCCUUCUUAAACAGACUGACUUAUUGUCCACAGCCAGAGGAUACAUCUUUCACUAUGAUAGUUCAAGAAACAAGCUGCUCAAUAAAUCAGCACUCUUAAAUGUUGUGUUGUCAGCAGAAAGAUGCAGUAAUUAGCCAACAAGGUAUUUGCUUAGUUAAAUCCAGUUGACAAACCUUUUUGGUCAGGCGGUGUUUGUAUUAGACUAUAUAUACCUCUUUGUGAAAGAUUACAGAAGAGCAAGCAACUCAAAUAUUAAUUAUUUACUUAAUCUUUCCUCUAAUUGUCCCAAAUGAACUACGAGUGUUAAUUGUUUAUGUUGUCGUAUUUUUUUUGUGUGUGUGUUAAUUUCUGACUCUUCUUUUUAAAUAUUUUGUAAUUUUGGUUCUUGGUCAUUUUUGUUUACUCAUCCUAAUUUUCAAAGGCUGGCAAUAAAACUAGUUUCUUACACAA